ACACAACGUAGCCGGUGCAACUUGAACCACGAUCCUCUCUAUCUCUUCAGUUGUUGUUCGACGCGCGCCGCGAUUCCUCCUCCUCCUAAUCCUUUCGUUCGAAUUUCGCUAACGAGAGAGAUAAGCUCCGUUUAUCGAUCAAAUUUUAUCCGAAACUUGAUUUCCAGAAAUUCGAAUCCGUUUUUUUUCUCUCUAAAUCUCAUAAACUCGUGCGCUAUAAUUUUUAAAUAAUAAUUUCUGAUUUCCAGUUGAAUUGAAUUUUUGGUAUAUAAACGUUUGUGCAAACUUCGUUUCGAUUUUCUUCUCGAUGUGAUAAUAAUUAUUCGUGGAAAUUAUUCUUAAUGCGAGUUUCGUGCCGAGUUUUGUGCAAUUUCGCGAUGAAGUAUAUACAUUUCACUCUUCGAGUAUGCUUAAAAUGUUUGAAUGUUGUGAAAAUUUAAUGUGAUUAACGAUGGUGGAAUGAAUAUUGCAAAAUUAUCGGUGAAUAAAAUUAUAACAUGUGGAAUCGUAAAGUAUUCAUCAGGAUCAUCGAAGUGAUACUUUGUAUUGCUUGUGUGGUGGCAUUAAGGGUGACCGACGACGAGAGUCGAAGGGUUUUUCAUUAUUUGAGAAGUCGCAGCAGAGAAUGGUCUCUUUUGAACAACGUCACGUGGGGUGCAAUAGGCGCCGCUCUUGCAACCGCGACUUGUGGUGGUUACAUAAUAAUCACAACAGGUCUUCUUAUUGCCGCUGCGACAGGAGAGCUUAAUGGUCGAAAGACGGAAAUAUUCUUCCUUGGACUUGGAGUGAUCCUUUUCGGUAUUGUUGGCGCAUUGUCCAUGGCUUCCAUUGAAAACGUCCCUGAGGAUUUGAUCGACAAUGCCGCGGUUUUUGGGGCACUGUGCCUGCUAACAGCGUUGGUUUUCAUCGGCGAUCUGUUAAUGAGCACACCUAAAAAGAAGAACAAGCAUGGCAUGGCGGAACUCUUGACCGAUAAAAAAGCCAAGCAGCAGCAAAUAACGACGACACUUACCACGGAGAAAGAGUCAAAAUCUUCGAAAAAAAGCGGUUCGAAAGUCUCCAAAAAAGACGAUAAUGGAAAUAUAAACGACGGUUUCGAUAAAAUGGAUGAGAAACGUCAAAAGAGUUCAGCCAAGAAGGAGGAACGAAGGUAUUCGAAAGAAGAAGCGUAUGGGCACGAUGAGAUCGAUAAUUUCGAUCGGGAAGACGGAGAGCCGAAAGAGUACGCGCAGAAUUUCGAGAAUGGAAGAGCUCUCAGGGACUCGCAGAUGUAUCGAGACCCUGAGAUGCAAAAGGUUGGGAACAGAGACUCUUAUAAAAUGGCUCACAGAAUAGAAAUGCCUACCGUGAUGUACAAGAUGCAGGAUAUUUAUCAACGUCCAAUGGAUGAAAUCGACACGCCUCGUUUUCCGAUCGAGACGAAUCGCAAAAAUGAGAACAUGUUCGCGAAGAUCGUGAACCCUAGCGUGAAGAUUAUGAAAGUUGAACGAGAUGUGGACGAAGCUAUCGAGAGUUACAGAUAUUCCGACACUAGUCAGUACGACAACGUGCCAGUCAGAAUGAGAGGAACAUCGUUGAGAAGUCAGAAGAGAAGUCGUGACGUUUCUUUCAACGUUCCACCGCCGCCAAAGGGUUAUGAGCAGGAGCUUGACCAGGAAAAAGAUGAAAUCGAGAUGCUGGAAGAAUGUUUUACCUCGCUUCGAACAACGAGCACGGGGACACAGACGCCCAAUCUUCGAACACCUUCGUCACCCAAUGAUCCAGGAUACGUUCGACACACUGCCAACAAUUGGCCCCAAGAGAAUAAAACUAAGACUCCUGGUUCGAGUCCAAAUCGCACAAGGAAUUGAUAUUAUUAUGCACGAAAAGUAACAAAUUAAAAUUUUGCAUCAUGAUUUCUUAUAGAUAGAUUAUAUUUAUUAUUCAUAGAUUCAUGUAUGAUCUUCUAUCUGAGAUAGUGUUUGAGAGAUUUGAGAGAGAGAGAUUUCAAGGAAGUUUGUCAGAAGGAUUAUAUUAUAGUUAUAGAUUAGAAACGUCUGUGAGGUGUUAUGAAAAUGACAAUAUAAGAUUUUUUUCACUUUUCCAUUUUCUUCUAUUUAAAUAUUAAUCUAUAGUUUCUCUAUAUUUUUAAUAAAAAUGUUGUAAUAAUUUUCAGUGUCAGAAAUUUGGUUGCAUUUAUUAUACAGUUUGUAUAUUUUUACUCACUGCCUUUUCAAUUACAGUUGAUAUAUAUAUGAUAUUAUUAAAUAAGAAUAUUUUUAUUAUUUUGGAAAGCAAAAAUUGUUUACUGUAUAUAUUUUUUUCUUCUCAUUUUAUUAAUUCGAUUUAUUAAAUUAUAUUUUAUAUAUACAUGUGUAUGUAUAUAUUUGUUAUUUACAAACUGUAUUGAUUAAUUUAAAAAGGAUGACAAAGGAAUCUUCAUAAACACGUGGUUAUUUUUGUAUAAGUAGAAUCUUUUAAUAUAUAAAGUUUUAAUACCUCCUUUCACAUCGAUACGCAUUACGUACAAUUAUUAAUAAUAAUGUCUCCUUGUGAUAAACAUGUAACCGCAAUUUGUUAGUCUCCAUCAGAACUUAUUCGUUAAAGGUAUUAGCGUUUAAUUGGAUUUACAUUUAAUCAUUUCUUUCUACGUGUGUGCACCGUAUCGUUUCUUUUUCUUAUAUAUUUUUAUAUAUAUAAAUAAAUCGAUUUUAUCCAAUAUCAAGUGUUUAUUAAUCGUUUUUCUUAUAUUAUUUAAUCGUGAUCGACAAUUUCUUCGAUUAUUAAAUAAACGAGAAGAAAUUUGUCUUCAACGGAAUUGAAAGAAAAAGAAAUCAAUCGGAAAACGCAGAGAGUUUCGACGUGUUUUGUCAUCGAAUUUUAUUUAAAAAAAAA